AUGCCAACUAUAAAAUCCUUUUUCACGCUUCUCCUUCUCCCCCUCCUACUUUUCACCACCUUCGCCCACGCCGCCAGCCCCUCUCUCGAUGGCGCCGCCGUUUCCAUGGGCGGAGGAACCUACCCCCGGGCCACACGCCUGAGCGACAAUUCCCUACUAGGAGUCACCACCACCUUCUCCUCCGGCACCAACAUCAUCACCAUUGUCCGCAGCACUGACGACGGCCUCACCUGGACCCCCCACGGCGAGGUGACCCGCGGCGUCGGCGACAUCGACAACGGCUUCCUCCUGCAGCUCCCCAACGGCCGCAUGCUCUGCGCCUUCAGGAACCACUCCAAGGACGCCGCCGGCGCAUACACAAUCUACCGCAUCACCGUCUGCGUGUCCAGCGAUAACGGCAAGACCUGGGCAUACCUCAGCACCCCCGAGACCGCCUCGCCGCCCAACGGCCUCUGGGAGCCGUUCAUGCGCAUCGGGAACGACGGCCGCAUCCAGAUGUACUACUCGCGCGAGCUUGCUUCAGACGACCAGGACAACCUCGUGCGCUUCUCGUCUGACGGCGGCGCGAACUGGAGCGCCUCGAGCGUCAUCUCCGGCUCAGGCAUCACCUCGCGCGACGGCAUGGUGGGCGUCGCAAAGUUCAACGACGGCACCGACAGGCUCAUUGCCGUGUUUGAGACCACGGAGGGCGGCAGCGCGACGGGCCCGUUCAAGAUCAAGGCUGUCACGUCUUCGGACGACGGCGCAAGCUGGGGGAACCGCCAGGCAGUGUUUGAGGCCACGGGGUCAAAUAAUAACGCUGGGGCGCCGCAGGUGGCGAAUGUGGGUGGGAACCUGGUAGUGAGCUUCAUGACGGAUGAGGAUACGGGGCUGCAUCAGUGGGUUAGUGGGGCGGCGGCGAAGAUUAUGGUGUCGGCGACGAUGGCGGAGGGGUCGGUGACUUGGGAGAAUAAGUUGACGGUGGGCGGCGUGCAGUCGAAUUGGCCGGGGUUGAUGACGAUUGAUAAUAGCCAUGUGAUGGUCAUGUAUGAUAAUGGGGGUGCGAAGAGCCAGAGGGUGGUGCUGAAGUAG